CAAUAGUCUGUUAUAGAUAGAGAUAUAGAUUAUUUGGUAUACUUUUUAAGUUAGCUCGGCAAGUUUAGAAAGUUAAACUUUAUCAAGCCUUCAUAAAAUAAUCAUUAUAAUAAUAAUAAUAAUAAACGAAUUAUGGAUAUACAAACAAUAAAUACUCGAAGAAAGAUAUUGAAUCAAGUAAUUUGCAGCAUUUUAGUAGAGUGUGGUUAUGAUAUAUGUGAGAAACAAGUACUAGAAACGCUUACUGAGAUGUUACAAUCACUUAUCAUAGAAGUUGGAGCUUCAGGGAGAAAUUACUGUGAACUUUCUGGAAGAACAGAACCUCUUAUAGCAGAUGUGAUAUUGGCAUUAAUUAAUAUGGGCAUAAAAUUAGAUAACAUAGAGACUUAUGCAAAACGACAAAAUAGAACAAUCUUGCCAGUGCUUCAACAACAGACACAAGCAAAACAAUUAAAUAUCUUACAAGCUGGUGUUAAGCAAAGCCAUCCAUCGCAUAUACCAAAUUAUUUACCAGCGUUUCCUGAUCCACAUGCAUAUAUUAGAACUCCGACACAUAAGCAACCAGUAACAGAAUAUGAAGCAAUCAGAGAAAAGGUAGCAACUCAGAAACGAGAUAUCGAAAGAGCUUUAACAAGAUUUAUUGCCAAAACAGGAGAAACACAUAGUUUAUUCCUCACAGAAGAUAACAGCAUGUUUCCUUGUAAAGAGAUAUUUCUUAUAUUCAAUAAAUAUUUUAAUGAAGCAAUAAUGCAAAAAUGUUUAUAUGUAUAA